AUGGCGUUGGCCAGUCUGCCCGGCGACUUCCAAGCUUGGUUCAGUGCUUGGAUCAUCAAUUACAAUGAUGAUGGUGAUAGUGCCAUCCAAUCCUUUGACACAAUGGAAUUGAUGUCAACAAGAGCUUGCUUCGUCACAGUCGGGGCCACUGCGUCGUUCCACAAAUUGAUCCGCCAAGUUCUCAAUGAGCCUUUCUUCGCUCAAUUGGCUAAAUAUCAAUACACCCAUCUUUUGGUUCAAUAUGGAACAGAUGGGGAGAAAAUUUGGGAUGAAUUUAAUGAAAACUUUCCGCCUGGGUCCAAACAGCUUCACGGCCUGAAUGUUACGGGCUUUGAUUUCAGACCCGACCUAUGGCGGUAUAUGCGCGUGGCCUCAAAAGAAGGAGAUCAAAGGCUCGGUAUCAUCAUUUCUCAUGCCGGCACUGGAACCAUCCUGGAUGCGCUCCGCUUGGCCUUACCUUUGAUCAUUGUGCCCAAUCCCGAUCUUGCGGACAACCAUCAAGAAGAUUUGGCAAUGGAAAUGGAGCAAAUGAAAUACGCCGUUCGUGCUGAUAUCGAGAAUUUGAUGACGGCACUCGAUACUGCAGAAGCUCAGGCUCCUGAACAGCUGAGUCGACCUCAUGGCCCAGAAAAUGCUCUGACUGGUUUGGUUGCCGAUCAGCUCCAGGAUGUGGACUGA